GUAUUACGGCUGUGGCCUGGUCAUCCCUGAGCGUCUGGAAGACUGCUGGGUUUUGGAUCUGGGUAGCGGCAGUGGCAGAGAUUGCUAUGCACUCAGCCAGCUGGUUGGUGAGAAAGGACAUGUCACAGGAAUAGACAUGACUGAAGGCCAGGUGGAAGUGGCUAAAAAGUAUGUUGACUACCACAUGAAAAAAUAUGGCUUCCAGACCCCCAAUGUGAACUUUAUUCACGGCUACAUUGAGAAGUUGGCAGACGCAGGAAUCCAGGACGAGAGUUACGACAUUAUUGUCUCUAACUGUGUCAUUAACCUUGUGCCUGACAAACAGCAAGUGCUGCGGGAGGCGUACCGCGUGCUGAAGCCCGGUGGCGAGCUGUACUUCAGUGACGUCCUUGCCAGCCUUGAGUUGCCAGAAGAAAUCAGGAUGCACAAAGUUUUAUGGGGUGAGUGCCUGGGGGGCGCAUUGUACUGGAAGAAUCUUGCCAUCCUUGUGCGGGAAAUUGGCUUCUGCACUCCACGUUUGGUUACUGCCAGUCUCAUCACGAUCCAAAACGAGGAGCUGGAAAGAGUUACUGGUGACUGUCGCUUUGUCUCCGCCACGUUUCGCCUCUUCAAACUCCCUCAGGCAGAACCAGCUGAAAAAUGCCAAGUGGUUUACAAUGGAGGAAUCACCGGACACGAGAAAGAGCUAAUAUUUGAUGCGAACUUCACAUUUAAGCAAGGUGACCUUGUCGAAGUGGACGAAGAAACGGCAGCUGUCUUGAAGAAUUCGAGGUUUGCUCGAGAUUUUCUCUUCAGGCCAGGUGGAGAGAGUUUGCCAACAUCCGGCGGCUGCUCGGGGUCUGACUCUCAGCAGAUUAUCACAGACCCGUUCAAGCUUGCAGAGGAAUCUGACCUUGUGAAGUCCAGAUGUGCCCCUGGCGCUGCCGGAGGCUGCUGCCGCCAGAAGCAAAGCUGCUAAGUCUACAUCCGGCUCAGAGCCGGCGGAGAGGGCAGGAGGCUGAAGAAUGAGUCGCAUGUGAUUUUAUUUUUAUCUGCUCUUCUCGUUAGUCCAGAUCAUAGGAAUAAAUGGCCGAAGGGGCACCUUAUUAUAGCCCGCCGAUAAAAAUAAGCCAAUUAUUUUAAAAGAAAGUAUUAAUCAAAGAUUUACAAGUCACCGAAGGCAGACCCCAGCAUUUUUCUAGUUCCUAAGGUAGUCAAAGCCCUGGUGCCACCUAGUGGUCAGAAGUGGAACUGAGCGGUGGACUUUGGGCUUGGGCUUCAGAAGCGAAUUGCCCGUGUGGGAAGAGAAGCUGCAUAGCACCUCGGGAUCACAAGAAUCGAGCUGGGAGAUCGCCCGAUCGAAUCCAGUAAUGCGGGUGAGGGGACUCUUUAAAGCAAAUGCGCCUUCCCUUGCAGCAGAGUAAAGAAAACAAAUGAAGGGUAAACUUUUUAAAACAGUGCAUGCUGAUGGCUGAUGGCAUAGUGACUGGUAAAUACUAGCUGGAUCAGUAAGAGUUUGAGGACUCUUUUUUUUUUUUUUUUGCACCGGGAAUCUAACUCAGGACCUUGCACUUGCAGGCAGGCGCUGGUACCACUGAGCUAUCUCCCCGGCACGAGUUUGAUAAUUUUUAAAAAUGAGAGCUAAGAGAUAAGGAUGAUGGAUUUUCCGUUCCUUUAUAAGGCAAUCUGGUUAAACUUCUAGGAGAGUUAGGUGUAGUUCUAGAUUCCAUAGUUAAAGAAGGUGAAGAACAUUAAGGGAAGGCCGGGUGUAAUCCCAGCACUCAGGAGGCUGAGGCAGGAGGGUUGUUGUUAGUUGGAGACCAGCCUGGACUACAAAGUGAGUUUAACGCCAGCCUGAACUGCAUAGCGAGACCUUGUCUCCAAAAAAGAACAUUAAGGGAAAAUUCAGUGAUGAUUAAAUAAAUCAAAGACUUUGAGGGUGCAGGAAAA